ACUGCACCUUCGACAACUCACUUGCCAAUCUCAUUCCAAAUUCUAGUGUCAAAUUUAAUUUCCUGCAGUGGCAACUACCAAAUCAAUUCUUAGCAACAAUUCACGAGCAACUGUGUACGAAAGACUGCGGAAAUAAACAAAGGGUGGCUAAUUAAUAAAUUGGAAUAAAUCAAACAGCAGGCAGCAGUGAGGCUUUCUCGUAUUCUUUCCGCCAGAAUUAAGAUUCGACACUACCAUCCAAAGAAGACGGUGACGUGGAUUUAUCCAAGAUGCAAGGCUUUGGAGGAGACCCCAUGAAUCAAGGUUAUGGGAAUGGAGCUGGCGAACCAAAGGAGGAGGAUCAACCAUGGUAUGUCAAGUAUGGGAUUCGGGCUCUGGGGACUUUUGCUGGAGGAUUAUGCCUCUUCCUCGGAGCCAUGAAUGUCAUUUUUAGCGUCUUUUCACCCGUAUGUAUGCUGUUCGCGAUCUGGCAAAUGUUGGUCGGAUUCCUUGUUGUGACAAUUGAAGCCCCGUUCUGUUGUGCGUUUGUGGAUCAUGUACAAGUUUUUGCGAGGAAAAUUGAAGAUAGGCCACUAUUGGUUAAAGCAGCAGUAUAUGUCGUGGCACCUUUACCCACGAUUAUAUUUUGCUUUGGAUUCUAUUCGUUUAUUGGAGGCGGAGUUGUGAUUGGAGCCGGCGUUAUCUACGCCAUGAUAGCUCUUGGAAAAAAAGCUUCGAGAGAAGAAAUGGUGAGGAAUGCUCAACAAGCUAUGGGUGGCUCCGGCCUAUCUGGAUCUACCAGUACCUAUCAACCACAACAAUCACAACCGGAAGCAGCAAAGAAUCCUUUCUCGACCAUCAACAUUUCAAGAGAUCCAAUUGCAGCCGCUGCGGCUGAGUGGGCAACUCAUUCAGCUUCUAAAUUUGAACCUCCACCAUCCUACAACUCUAGCGUUGCCAACAGCCAACCGCGUCAAAAUUGGGAUCAGAGUUUUGUGAAUGAAAACCAGUCAUCCAAACCAGCAGCAACCAGUUAUGGGGUAAAUCCUGCCCCCAGUGACCCUCAUAAUCCUUUUCAAUAAUUCUUUUCCUGUCUCUUAUAAUUUUUGUGACAUCUUAAAAAAACAGUCUAAAAUGGAUCAUCUACACCACUUGAUGUAACUUAUAUUUUAUUUAUUAUUACUAUUAUUAUUACUAAACCUCAGUCAUUAGGAGUAAGUGAUUGUUGUAUUAAUCCAACCAAGCAAGGUCCACUAUUAUUAUAUGAAAUCCAUGAUUAAAUUUAUACAUCGGAAGUCUGAUUUAACAUCCCAACCAAUUUAUAAUUACAAAAGACUUCGUUUUUUAUUAAGAAUUUAUUUUUCUGUUUAUUGUUCUAUGAUUCAUAAUAGACGAAAGAUAUCUUGAAAGCAGCAUCUUGGACGAAACGAUAAUUUAUUAUGUUAGAAAUCUUUACUUAGAAGUUAUACAAAUAUUAUGUCCGUUGACUUGACUUGUCUGCGAUACCGCCCACGUUACGUUAUUUUGUUAACAGGCAGUUGAUAAAAUAUAAUCAUCGUGUACCUUUUGUCUAAUUAUUUUUACGUCGCGAAUCCAAGGAUAUCGUCUAACAAAGCCCUUGUGCUGUGCAGUCUGUAAAAUUAAUAACUCAGCUCAGCUCAGUCAUCAUAUAUGUAGCCGUCAGCGUAAGCAGUAGUUCUAGAAUAGUUGUAAAUAGGGUUGAAUAUGUACCUACAUUGAUGAAUUUGUAUAAGUAUAAUACUUUAAUUGAUGGGGGGUUUAUUAAAUAAAUAUGAACAAGCGUAACGAA